UAUUUAAAGUAUGGUCUAGAGACGAAGUUUCUUCAAUAGCCUCAAGAAAAUAUGCGGCUGAAACGGGACCGAAGAUACUUAAAGCUUUAGGCGACUAUAUAGGGUUAAAUUAUAGCCUGCUUUUGUCCAAAAUUGAUCAUGUAGCUGUUCCGGAAUUUUCCUCGGCUAUGUAAAAUUGGGGAUUGAUCACUUAUAGAGAAGCCCUAUUACUUUUUGACGAAAAUAAUACAGUUGAUAGCAUGAAACAAACAAUUGCCACCACCGUAGCUCACGAGCUGGCCCAUCAAUGGUUUGGUAACCUUAUCACUUGCAAAUGGUGGUCUGAAACUUAUUUAAAUGAAGGAUUUGCCACCUAUUUUCAAUAUAUGAUUAUGAAAGAUAUCGAACCAACGUGGGAGAUAGAAAAAUAUUUUUUAGUAAACGUCCUGCAGAGCGCGUUGGAUGUGGACUCGUUGGAAGCUCCAGCUUUGACUACUGAAGUUUCCACUCCAGAAGAGAUUUUGAGCCAUUUUGGAGAUAACAGCUAUCAAAAAGCCUUGUACACCACCCACGAAUUCACUACUGCCAUGCCCAGUAACAGUUCCAUUCCCAAUUUCCGGUACCAUUUGAUACCCUUUCUUAAAGUGGAAACCUCAUCAUCCCUCGUCAUCACAUCAGAUAUGCUCGAAAUAUUCCAGACGCAUGUCGACGCUAUUUAUUCAGGAUUGCCUGAAGGAAUUACUCUACAAAGUGCAAUGCUAAGCUGGAUAGAACAGCCUGGAUAUCCUUUGGUGACUGCUAGUAUAAGUGGCAAAAACUUAACCAUUUCUCAACAAAGAUUUCUCAUUUCUGAUGAAGACACUAUAUCCAAAUGGUAUAUCCCUAUAACAUACGCCGAAUCUUAUGGCGAAGUAAAUUUCCAAUCUACUGCCCCAGCUCAAUGGUUAACUCCUGGGAAGCCAGAAAUCACUUUUGAGAUGGAAUAUGAAAAUAAAUGGGUGAUUUUAAAUACUUACCAAACAGGAUUUUAUAGAGUGAACUAUGACUCAAAUUUAUGGUCUGGUCUAUCACAAGCCCUGCUUAAACAAAACUUUGACAAUAUAAUUGAGGAAAAUAGAGCUCAAAUAGUAGAUGACUUAUUCAACCUCGUCAAAAUCAAUAAACUGAAAUAUUCGGAAGUAUUUAAAAUCAUUGAAUUCCUAAAAAAUGAAACUGGGUAUUUUACGUGGGUACCUGCUUUCAAGGGAUUCCAAUACUUGUGGUUCAGAGUCCAAGGCCAUCCUGAGCUACAAGCCAAACUGAAGGAUCAUAUAACACGCCUAAUGGCAGCCUUUUACAAUACGACUUCAAUCAGUGAAACAAAGGAUGAAGUACUUUACACACAACGUCAGUUACUGGGUAGCAGUUGGGCUUGUUUACUUGAAGAGAAAACUUGCGUAAAUGACGUCAGAAAAGUUUUCAGUGAAACUGUUAUAACCAACAAUAAAAGGCCACAUAAGAACAUUCGUUCGAUAGUGUACUAUAACGCCUUACGAUAUAGUAAUGACACAAGUGAUUUUGACCAUUUAUGGAUACUGUAUAAUGAGACAGAAGAUAAUAGUCAGCAGCUCAUUGUGCUUCAAGCAUUAGCAUGUUCAAAUAACCAAGAAAAGCUUAAAGAAUUACUUCUGGAAACCGUUAAAGACAAUUCUAAAAUAAGAAGUAAGCAUUUUGUCUUUGUUUAUACGGCCGUCUACAGGACAUCACUGGCUGGGGUUAAAGCAACUUUAGAGUUUCUGCCAGAGAAUUUCCAGAAGAUCCUGGAAAAAUAUCCCGCAAUAAAUAUUCAGGAGAAUCUGAUUAAGAAUUUUGCUGUUGUGUUAACUACCACUGGACAAUUUGAGAAGUUUAAAAGUUUUAUUGCCGGGACCUCUGAAUUCUCAAACGAUUGGAAAUCUGUAGGAGAAAAAGCAUUGGAAAUUGCCAAUUUUAACCUCAAAUGGUUCGAAAAUCACGUAUCUGAUUUAAAAACUUAUUAUUCAAUUGAUGACGAUGAUAAUAACAAAGACAAGGAUGAUGGUAAUAAUGAAGACAAAGGCAAUGAUACUAAUUACUCUAUUAACAUAAGACCUAUGGAGUUAGGUUUAAUGCUAUUAAGUAGCUAUAUAAUUUUACAUAGUUUUUAAAAGAAAAAUAAAUUAGCAAAUUAAAAAAUCA